AUGUGGUCGGUCACCAAGGUCGAAGCCGACCUGCCCUUCACCGUCACGCGCGGGGACGGCAGCAUCGUCAAGCUCGACGGGUUCAGCGGGUUUCUGAACGAGACGGGAGCCUCGCUGCUCUGCGAUGUCGGUAUCAAGAUCCGGCUCUUGCCGGUGGGCCACGGUUACUGUGCACCGCACGUGAUAGACAGCUGCCUCGUCAACGUCCACGUACGGGAGCUGACGAGCCUGUCGUCGGCGCGCACCGUGUUCCGCCUCGACAACGUCUCGACGGGCGCUGCUGCCGACCCCCGGCUCAUGGCCCUGUUGCGUAGACAGGGACGCCUGUCUGGAAGCGAAGCUUCCGUUGCUCAGGCGAGCAGCAACAAGGAGCCCGACCAGGCCUCGGUGUGCAGCUCCGUGAGGUAG